UGGGGGGUUAGGGUUUCCAUUUCGAUUGCUCUACUCCUCUUACCCUCCUCUGCUUCGGCCAUUACCAGGUGGAGGAAGGAUUGUAUAGGAAUGGAUCCUUUUGGGUCCUCCGCACCGUCGAGCGGGGCGUCGUCGGGUCCGUCUGCUGAGGCCAUGAUGGAGCAGAUCAAGACCCAGCUUGCUCAGGCCUACGCCAAGGAGUUCCUCGAGACUGUGGGAAGCAAGUGUUUUGCAAAGUGCAUAACAAAACCGGGUACGAGCAUAAGCGGGAGUGAAAGCAGUUGCAUCUCUAGGUGCAUCGAUCGAUACAUUGAAGCUACUGGAAUAAUAAGCCGAUCUCUGUUCAGCUCCCCCCACUAGUUUCCGGGACUCGAGCUCUGAGUUGCUAGAAGAGAUGAUGAAAAUGAUGAAGAGAUGCCUUGAUAAUUAAAAACAGAUUUUAUCUACUUUGAUAUGCCAGUUUGGACUAUAAUUCUUGAACAUUUCUUGCAUUAGAUUCAGCCAAUGACAUAUCCAAAAGAAUGUAUUCUUCAACAUUCUUUUUCAGGAGCUGAAAUCGCAUCGAAUAGUGCCUUUUCUUA